UGCAAACUCUGGACUAGCUCCCAGCACGCAUAUCGUCAAUACCCAGUCACCCCUCCCCGCCCUCACAACGCGGCAUCACAGCAAAGGCACGAGGCAUCCUCCUCUCUCUUCCUCCCUCUCUCUCUCCUUCAACAGGAACAGGCUCAGCAGCACCGUGAAUCUGUGCUGGUACUUGCGCACGUGCGACUCAGGACCGGACCUUACCUUCCCCAACGCAAGCUACAUCCGCGGCCACCCGCAGCACCCUCCCCCCAGCUGGUCAUGCGACUUUCGACAGUCCAAGCCACGACCACUGCCUCCUAAGCGAUGUCUUCCCCCAGAGAGGGUGUCAACCCUCUGCGCCCCUACUACAUCCCGCCCACGAUCGGCGAGCAGACCGAGAAGGCCCUCCCCUCCCGUCCGCCCACCGUCGCCCCGUCUGGCGGCCACCCAUCCACCCGCUAUGCCAACAAGGCCCGCGACAUCGUCCAGGACAUCGACUACCAGAGCUAUCUCGAUGACAGCUCCCCGUCCACCUUCCAGUCCGCAAAGAACCUCGUCGACGAGCUGCUAUGGAAGUACACCUCCGUCCUCAUGAGCCAGCCCUUCGAGGUGGCCAAGACGAUCCUCCAGAUCCGCCUCCAGGAUGACCUCGGAGGUCUGUCGCCCCGGCCAGUCGCGCCAUCCAGAACGACCAGCGCUGCUAGCGGUCUAAUCAGUCCGCCGCACAGCUCGGUCUGGGACCAGGAUCCCGAAACCGACUCGGACCCAGACGAGGUCGCGUACUUCACAUCAAAUGCACCCAUGACACCCACGCCGCAGUCCAGAAACAGGCGGCGGCGGCAAUCAGCCUCCAGCAACGCCCAGAGCGAGAUGAACCAGUCAAUAACAGAGUCCCCGCACCAGCUGAGCAUAAAGCGGCCGGACUCGAUCUUCGAGGUCAUUUCCCAGCUGUGGUCCAAGGAGGCCGCCUGGGGCGUCUGGAAGGGCACCAACGCCACCUUCCUGUACACGGUCCUGCAGUCGCUGCUGGAGAACUGGUCGCGCAGCCUGCUGAGCGCUCUGCUCAACGUGCCAGAUCUCGGUCUCAAGGACGACGUGGACCGCCUGGUGGACGUCGCCUCGCCGUACCCGUGGCUCUCGCUGGGUGUCGCCGCGGCCGCCGCCGUCGCCACGGGCCUCGCCCUGGCGCCCUUGGACCUCGUCCGGACGCGCCUGAUCGUCACGGGGACGAGCCGCGGCACGCGGCGGACGCUCAAGACGCUCGAGGCCCUGCCCUCGUGGACGGUCGAGCCGGCCCUCGUCGCGCCCACGGUGCUCAACUCGCUCGUGCACCCGAUCCUCACGCUGUCGACGCCGCUCGUGCUCCGCUCGCAGUUCCUUAUCGACCGCGACCUGUCCCCCACGACCUUCUCGGUCGCCAGGUUCUUCACGUCCUGCACGUCGCUCUUUGUCAAGCUGCCCCUCGAGACUGUCCUGCGCCGCGGCCAGGUCCAGGUGCUCUCGAGCCAGGAGCACCUCCGCGCCAUGGACGAGGCGGGCUCCCUCGAACCCAUCGUCACGCCAGGCCCCUACAACGGCGUCGUGGGUACCAUGUACACGAUCGUCAAGGAGGAAGGCUCGCGCGCCGUGGUCAUCCCGCCACCGCCGUCGGCCAAGAACGGCGGGCGCCACAAGCGCGGCAAGAGCAAGGCCGCGGCCUCUGCGACGGGCGCUGCCGCCGGCGGCGAGGUGGUGUUCCGCAAGGGCCAGGGUCUCGCGGGCCUGUGGCGCGGCUGGAAGGUCAGUGCCUGGGGCCUGGCCGGGCUCUGGGUCGCCUCGAUGGCGGGUGCCGGCGGCGAGGGCGAGUUCUGAAAAAUCGAUCAAAAGAUUCAGGAAAUAGCGGGCGAGCGGCGCACUUUUUUCACCGAGCCUGCAAUCCUCCGGCACCUGGCUGCCGAGUGGUAGCUACUUUAUAUACAUGGCUGGCCAUCGAUCGGACUGGACCAGACCAGACCAGACCACGACGGAGGAAGGGGGUCCACUAUAAAGUGGAAGAAGAAGGAGCGAAAAGAUUCACGGGACGAAAGCAUGUGUGCUAUUUGAUGCGCGCACACCGACACGAGAACGAGAACAACGCAUCAAAACAAGAGCGGGAAAUGAAAGCAAAGCAAAAUAUGUACAUAGCGGAAAGCAGCCUUUGGUAUGAUGACCUGAAAUGACGAUAUCCCCCCUUCUCAAUCCUUAUACUAUCAUACACGAUUAUUACACAAAA